ACAAUUUAAAGAGAGUGUUGCGAGCGAAUAAUAAUAAUAAUAUCUUCUCCAAACAUAUGCAAUCUUGUGAAACCCUAAAUACCCAAAUGUCAUUCGCCGACGAAUUUGAAUCUAAUCUCGUGUCGUUGGCUCAUGUAUUGCAGAAGAAAUAUGCACUCCUCCGUGAUUUGGAUAAAAGUUUGCAAGAAAAUCAAAGACAGAACGAGCAACGGUGUGAAAAGGAGAUAGAGGAUAUAAGAAGAGGCAGAACCGGAAAUGUUACACCCAAUGCACACUUCUCAGAGGAAGCAAUUGAUGAACAGAAGCACAGUGUCAGGAUUGCUGAUGAGAAGCUCGCUUUGGCUAUGCAGGCUUAUGAUCUGGUGGAUAUGCAUGUUCAGCAACUUGACCAGUACAUGAAAAAAUCCAAUGAGCAGAUGCGCCGAGAGAAGGAAAAUGCUUCUGCAUCAAACCUUGAGAACAGCGGGGAAGCCGGGAAGGCAGGUGAAGGUAGAAGAGGAGGACGAAAGAAGACAAGGCUAGCAACUGCAGCGUCAACAGCAGCAGUAGCAUCAGCAUCAGCAGGUAUGACUUCUACUGGUAUGGAUUUGGAUCUGCCUGUGGAUCCCAACGAACCAACUUACUGCAUCUGCAACCAAGUUAGCUACGGCGAGAUGAUUGCAUGCGAUAACAAUGAGUGUAAGAUUGAGUGGUUCCAUUUUGGUUGCGUGGGUCUGAAAGAUCAACCCAAAGGGAAAUGGUACUGUCCGGAUUGUGCUACAGUCAAGAAGAGCAGGAAAGGCCGAUGAUUCUGAAUCUAAAAAGCUCGUGUGUUUCGUUUAAAACGGUCUAUAGUAGUUGUAUAUCCACUGACCAUUGAAUAAUGACUAUGGGUUGCACAUGCUCUAUAUAUAAGACCUUCCAUUCCCAAUAAA